UUUUUCUAGCCUAUUCUCCCAAACAUUCCGUUGUAACUGAGAAAAUUCCCUCUCCUCCUCACGUUGCACAUCAUCAACAAAUGAGUGGAGGUGACGAAAUUACGGAAGCAAAAAUAUCUGAAAUUGAAGAGAAGCCUAAGAAUGAUGGAGGAGAAAAGACACCUGAAAAACUACAUACUCCACCUUCUUCUCCUCUUACUCCGCAUUCUUCUCCUCUUCCUUCACAUCCCACUCCAAUGAAGGACAAUCAUCAAAUGGUGCGUAAACCCAGCAUUAAGGAUCAUUUUAAUAACUUCGGUCGUAAAUUGUCGGAAACUGUGGCGAAUCAUCCAAUUUUCGCACCGGUUAGAUGGAUUGGUGGAAGAUUGAAUGCUUUAAAAAACUUAUUUGGGAAGAAAAAGGAAGAUUUAAAAGCUAAGAAAGCCCUUACAAUGAAACCUAUUGGAGGAGAAGAACAUCAUCAAAAGGAUCAUCCGAAAGAUAAAGGACCUAAACAUGAGGAACAACAUGGAAAGGAUCACGGAAGCCCCAAAAAAGGACAUGAAAGCCCUAAAAAGGAACAUGGAAGCUCCAAAAAAGGACACGAAAGCCCCAAAAAGGAACAUGUAAAAGACCACGGAAGCCCCAAAAAGGAACCUGGAAGUCCUAAAAAGGUAGAGGAACAUCAUAAAGGGGAAGCAAGUGGCCAUCCUCAUCAAAAAGAAGGAAAACCGGAAAAGAUUGGUCAUUGA